CAACAGUCACUCACAAAUACACAAAACUUCCUCAAAGCUCUCUCUCUUCUAACUUCCCCAACAAGCCAAAAAAAGUGAUCUCUCUCUCCUCUCUGAUCGCCAACAAAGCUCCAUUAGGAUACCUUCAACUUCACUCUCCAAUCAUUCCAACUUGCUCUUCAAUGUUCCACCCUUCUCCUCUAACCCACCAUGUCUCCAUGCCCUUAAAAAGAAGACUCCUUAGGACAUGGAGACUACUAAAGAGACCCAAAUUUCAGAUCAAAAGGCCCAUCCUCACAAACAUUUUCCGCUUUCGCAGCAGCAAGAGCAAGAAGUUUCUCUCUCUAAAAUACAAGACUAGCAAGAAGAAGAGGUUUCUCUCUCUAAAUUGUUUUUCACCAGAGGCCAACCCUGAGGAUAUGGACAUGGUGGGUGAGCUCAAAAGCUUAGGUGAAGGGGUUAGAGAGCCAAUUCUCUACCCUUCACCACUCACACCAGCCUAUGUCAAGAGACUUGCUAUGGGCCCAAAUGCUCCAAAGGUAAAUGCAAGAGAGGAUGCAUGCCAAAGUUUUCAAAAUUACUUAGUUGAAAUGAUAGUUGAGGAGGGGAAGUUAAGGGACCUUAUGGAUGUAGAGGAAUUGCUAUAUUGUUUUGGCCAACUGAGAUGCCCUGUUUAUGUUGAUUUGGUGACUAGAUUUUAUGCUGAGCUUUGCUCUGAUUUAUUUUCAGAGGGCAAUGGAGAGGAUAUGGAUGUGUUUCUAAGUAGGAAUUCUUAGAGGCCCUGAAUGUAUCAUGAUUUUGGGUUGUUUUGAAUGUGGAUUUUCAGUGUUUUUUUCC